AUGUACAGAUUCGAGAGGGCACUGAAAGAGGAGAGGUAUCUCCGGGAGAUGAAGAAGAAGGAGAGCGGCAACAGCGCCUCCUUCUCGUCCACGCUCCUCGACGAGAUCUACAGGUCCAUCGACGAGUGCGAGCCGAGGCGCGAGCCGGAGCAGCAGAGGUCCUGCAGGGAGGCGCCGUCCAAGAAGCAGCAGGGCCCGCGGUCCGCCUCUUCCGUCGAGAAGCAGCGCGGCAGCGACAGGGCCAACGCCGCGGCGGCGGACGCGAGGAGGAGCUAUUUCUCGCAGGAGCUGCCCAGGAAGCCCAAGUACGAGCCCGACCACGACAGCGACGCGCUGUACUUUAGCUCCACUUCCAUCUCCUCCGACUCGAGCUCGGGCGGGUUCUCGUUCUCGGACACCGAGUCCGUCAGGGGCGCGAGAACGACGACCAGUUCGUCGUCUUCUUGCUUCGCGCCGUUCAGGCUCAAGCCCGUGAGGACGAGAGUCGUCGCCGCCGCCAAAAGGGAGGAGAUACGGCACGGUCCGUUUGGCGAGCGGAGAGAGGGCCAAGAAGACCAGGGCGGCGUCUUCAGGUCCGCGGCGUCGAGGAUCUGCGCCAACCUGAAGAAGGUGAAGCAGCAGCCGGUCUCGCCCGGCGGGAGGCUAGUGAGCUUCAUCAACUCCAUCUUCAGCGCGACGCCGAAGAGCGCGAGGAGGUCCGAUCCCACAGAGGCGAACCUCGAGAGGAAGUUGAAGUCGGGGCAAGCUUCUUCUUCCGCUUCUACGUUUUCCACUGUUUCUUCGCUCUCGAGGCCGUGCCUGAGCAAGCGCUCGCCCUCGACGCGAGAGCGGUUCCGCAGCAGCGGGGCCAAGAGGACGGUCCGUUUCUACCCGGUGAGCGUCAUCGUCGACGAGGAUUGCAGACCCUGCGGCCACAAAUGCCUACAUCAAGAAGCAGGAGGAGGAGGAGAAGGAGAAAAACAGAGCAGCUCUGUCUCUCUCUCGGUGCCAACAGCUUGGAGAAUUGGGAAAUCUCAGCCUAGGAAAAUCGACCAAGAUCGGGGUGUCAAUCUGAAAGAUCUGUUGAUGGAGAAGAGCAGGCGGUUCGAAGAGAAUGCGAGAGAGUUGCUCAGAGAUUAUCGUGAGAAUCAGAAGAAGGGUUUUGAGUUGAAGGCGAUUAAUGAUGAGUAUAGUGCAGAGCUUCCUGUGUACGAGACAACUUCUGUUGAUAAGUGUCGGGCCAGUGGGAAGGGGUACAGACUUGCGAUUUUAUCAUUUACGGAUCACCACAUUGCUAGGCUAAAUGAAACCAGAUUGCAUGAAAAACCUGUUGAGUGUUGA